ACCAAAAAGAGCCCAAUGGAAAACACUUGACAUGGCAAGAUGAACCUGUUAAGGUGCCUGUGAGGCAGCUGCGGGACAGAAUUAAGGGUAACUGCAUGUCAGGAUGGCAACUUCAAACCUGGAGAACCAGCUACAGAGUGCCCAGAAGAAUCUGUUGUUUCUCCAGCGAGAACAUGCCAACACAUUGAAAGGCCUGCAUGCUGAGAUUCGACGCCUGCAGCAGCACUGCACAGAUUUAACCUAUGAGCUGACUGUAAAGAGUUCAGACUUGUCAGGAAAUGGUAUUUCAAGAAGUGAUGAACUCAAAAGAAAGUGUGAAGAUCUUGAAGCUCAGCUGAAAGUCAAAGAGGCUGAAAAUAAUGAAUUAUUGAAAGAACUUGAGCAAAAGAAUGCGAUGAUAAUGGUGCUGGAAAACACUAUUAAAGAAAGAGAAAAGAAGUAUUUGGAAGAGUUAAAAAUGAAAAGCCAUAAGCUCAAUAUGUUGUCAAGUGAACUAGAGCAGAGAGCGAGCACUAUUGCUUACUUAACUUCUCAGCUGCAUGCAACUAAGAAGAAGCUGAUGAGUUCAAGUGGGACUUCGGAGGGGACCCCUUCUGGCAGUCCUGUGUUGUCCAACUAUAAGCCGUCCCCUCCCAAAGAUAAACUGCCGGAGACUCCGCGGCGCAGAAUGAAGAAGAGUCUGUCGACACCGCUCAACCCCGAGUUUGAAGAGGCCUACAGAAUAGGGUCGGAUAGCCGGAAGCUGCUGCUAAGAGAGCCCGUGGAUGCCAUGCCUGAUCCCACUCCAUUUCUGUUGGCCAGGGAAACGGCAGAGGUACAUCUUAUUAAGGAGAGGCCAUUAGUUAUUCCACCUAUUGCUUCAGAUCGUGCAUCCGGUGAAUCGCACAGCCCAGCCCGAGAGAAGCCGCACAAGGCACACAUUGGGGUGGCACAUCGCAUCCACCAUGUCGCGCCGUCCCAGCCUCAGCCGGAGGUUGAAACACUGGCAGUGGAUCAGGUCCAUGGAAGCAAAGCGGUCAGAAAGCACUCAGGGACAGACAGAACUGUUUGAGUAAAAUCACUGAAAUGCUCUACUCUGUUGCUGUUUAUGCACUGUGAUCCUGUAGGAUAAAUAGCACCUGCAGUAAAGUUUCUCUUGAUGCCCCCUGCAUGCCAAACUUCUUCCAGAUACAUCAUUGAUAGAUUAUGCUCCUCUAAUGAAACCUAAUAGGACUGUGUUCAUAUGGCAAGGUAUAUAACUACUAAAUGCUGUGGCCAAAUCAGGGGUACCUGACCGCUUGCUUCUGAGCACUGCUCCAUUUAUUGUAACUACACGUGUGGACAAAGGCACAGGCUGCAGGCUGUGUUAUUAAUCGAUAUUAGUGAAAACAAACUUAACUAUAAACCUGCAGCAGUAUGUACUGGCUGUUUGUUAACAUUUGAACUAUCAGUGGUUCUUUUGUCUUCACUGUGUAUGAUGUGAUGAAGCACUUCAUACACAAACACUAACCUCCAUGACAAACCCUUUCUCACAGUAGCAUUGACAAUAGUGCAGAUGUACGUACACUUUAAAAUGAACUAAGGACAUCUUUUCCUCCACAUAGCACAUGCUCUCGAUUGCAAAUUGUGCUCAUAGUUUCCUGAGAGUCCCAGCAAGCAUUACUUGAUUAAUCCUAAAUCCUUUGGUUUGUGGCUUUGUUUAAGUAAAAACUGGGGGGAGGGGAAUAAAUCACUCUUAAAGGGUUAAUGAUCCUCAUAGAAAGAGUAUGAACACUGGGUUGUUUGGGGGGGGUUGUUUGCUUUUUUUUUUUUAAAUUGAAUGGCUCCAUCACACCUGUUUGUUACACUAGUCAGUACACUGCACUUGUAGCACCUUCCAUACUGGCUCAGAGCAACUUUUCCAGGGAGAAAAAUGUAAACUGGCUAUCCAAUAUGGAAAUGGUUCUUUAUGCUCUAACCUGCACUUUUUUGUAAAGGGAUUAUUUUUGUUUCCUGAAAACCUUAGUCUUGUUCUGGGCAUCAUCAGACAGUGCUGGCUUCUGCCUGCUUAGAAACCUGAGCUGUCCCUCUAAAACGUGUGUAUUAUUUAGUUUAAAUUUAAGUGAUGUAACCAAUUUAUACAAGAGGAGAACCUGGCAUCCUUGAUUUUUAUCCUUGUGGAUUGGGAUGGACUUGCCUUGUACUUGCCCUGAUUCCCCUACUCCUUUCUAGUAAGCAACAGGUAGACCCAACAGCUGUUAGACUACUCGAUUAUCUUUUUAAUUAUUUUUUUCCUAGCAAAGAAAGGCAUACUGCGAGCUGUGAGUGUAUGUAAUUUUGGGAAAGGAGCACAAAUUUGACCAUUUUUCUUAAAUUCUGAUUAGCACCUCCAGCUCACCUCUGCUUCACUCUUGUCUGCAGCCUCUGAGUAGGACCAGCAAGAAACAAUGGCUCCCAAAUGCUGCUAAGCUUAUGAUGUGCCUUCAAAAACUUGGAACGCAUACUCUCUGUGAAAGCUGAUGAAGGAUCCCUGCCUGCCCUCUUUCCUUCCCCUUGCCAGCUGUAGUCUGCCCCUCUUAAGCUUCUUCUGCAGCUGUGUGUUGGUGUGUGUCUCCCACUGGAGCCUUGGAUCGCUAUCUGUCAGCUUCCCCCACAAAGGCACUGGCAGGAUGACAAAAGCUGUUCUCCCUAACUGUGGUACUGCUAAAUUUCCUGUGCAGCAUGACAACUUACAGCAGGGUUGUUCCGAGUCAGAGAGGGUUUGAACACCCAGUAGCCUGAGGCCUCCCGUGCCUGCACACCCUCACGACUCGGUCACUUGCUGUUGUGACGCCCAAGAGACACUCUUCAGUGUUACGCCUUGCUGGUUGUGUGGGUAGGUAGGAUUUCUUACAUGAAUGGUGGGGAGGGAUAGGGAACAGCUGUGUUCCUGGAAAAUGGUUGGUUAAAGAAAGUUUGUUAUUCUGUGGUUUACUAUUUUUAAAUGUAUUGCAUUAACCAGCAGUGGGUUUGGGGUUUUUUGGUGGUUGCUGCCAUAUUUUUAUGGCGAUCUAUUGUAUGACUGAUCUACCCUGCCACUUGUUCAAGGAUGAUGGAAGGCACCACUUCUAAGCACAGCAGAAGUGAUGCUUUGGGCAAUUAAAAACAUUUCUUACAACCAUA